GAUGCUGAUGCGGUGCUCAUAGUGUAACAAUCCGGUGAAUUUUCGUGUUGCGAGUAUCGGAUCUAAACCCCAGUACAUAUGAAGCGCAAACUAUGCAGAACAUCAUUUAACUGCGAAGAUAUGGAGGAGCUCAAUGUGACGGCGUUGUCGAGACGGAAGGAGUCAGCAGCCCCGCUGACGGGGGAGAGAGACAGCACUAUAUUCCGUCACGGCUUCGGGUACCCUCUCGCUCUGGUGUUACGAUUGCGGGUUUUACAGAUAGUAUGCGGCAUAUCAGCUAUGGUGAUGGGCAGCGUGGCCUUCAUAGAGGAGCGACAGAAAUUCAACAUGGGGCUCGGUAUACCUGCUGGAGGCAUCAGCAUAUUGGCUGCAGCGGUAUCAAUUCACACAUCACGAGGCUUUAGCGCGAUGUCAGGCGUAGCGGGAGCGGGCGCGGGAGCGGCGAGCGUGCUGUGGGCGGCCGCCGCGUGUCUGCUCAUAGCCCUCGUGGUGCAAUGCUGCAGAACUAUACUCGACCCUCCUGGGAUUGAUCAUGGUGACGGCCCCAUCGAAGAAGACACAACGCCAUCUUCCCGCGAUUUAGUAGUAAUCGCUUGCGUGCAAAUCGCUCUCGCGGCCGCUACGCUCCUCAGUGCGGCGGUCUGCGCGCGCAUAGAUUGCGGAACUUGACGGGAGCCACAGCGCACGCUCACGAGACGAAGAGUGAGCGAAGCGCCCGUACCCGCUACCGCUGCCGCUUCUGCCGACAUUGUGAUCCCACCCGAAGAAGUUAUAGUCGAACGAGAAGGCAGCAGAGUUGCCUGGCUUAUAUAAAUAUUUGUAAUUUGCGAGUGGUGUCCAAACUUAAAAAAAGUGAAUUGUACUAGAGUAUAUUUUUAAUAACAUUAAAAUAUCGGUGUAAAGUUACUUUGUGUCGGUGUAAGAGUAAGCUGUAGUUUAUCAUAAUCGAUAAAAAUAUGUAGAUAAUGAUCAGAUUGCUAAUUGUCACAUAAUUGAACAUCACAAAAGUAUUUACGGAUAAAAAAUAAACAGCUUGUUUGCCUCCAGCUCCCGCAUUGAAUAAACAAAAUGCACAUACUAAAAGUCCAAACUAUAAAACGAGACUCAAACAGAAUGAUAAAAAUGUUAAAUUAAUCCGGUAACAAUGAGUUUGGAUUAAACGCGUGGCUUCGUAAAUGUUAUGUAUGAACCUGCGGCUUACGUUUCAUUUCCCGUAAUAAUACGCCAUUUUACUCGCUGAAUUCUGCUGAUAAAUUGUUAUUUCAGCCAUGUUAAACAGAACGUAUGAUGUUUACCUACUAUUUGUAGCAAACUUCCUCUUCGAUCAAUAGUAAGUAUGAUUUUCUGAAUCUUGAUCAAGCGUUUUACUUCGUCAAUACCAUGAAAUCCA